GCAGGCAGGGCGCUCGGCCGGCUCCCCCUCGCCCGGAUUUCGGCCAACUCUCCUCCCCACCACAACUUUAGCAUGAUGUCUUAUCUUAAGCAACCACCUUACGCAGUCAAUGGCCUGAGUCUCACAACCUCGGGCAUGGAUUUGUUGCAUCCGUCCGUCGGUUAUCCCGCCACCCCCCGAAAGCAGCGGCGGGAGCGCACGACCUUCACCCGGGCGCAGCUGGACGUGCUGGAGGCCCUUUUCGCCAAGACCCGCUACCCCGACAUCUUCAUGCGGGAGGAGGUGGCCCUGAAAAUCAACCUGCCCGAGUCCAGAGUGCAGGUGUGGUUUAAAAACCGCCGGGCCAAGUGCCGGCAGCAGCAGCAGCAGCAGCAGAACGGGGGCCAGAACAAGGUACGACCAGCUAAAAAGAAGAAUUCACCAGCCCGGGAAGUGAGCUCAGAGAGCGGGACCAGCGGGCAGUUCACUCCCCCCUCCAGCACCUCGGUCCCCACCAUUUCCAGCAGCAGUGCCCCCGUAUCCAUCUGGAGCCCAGCGUCCAUCUCCCCUCUCUCAGACCCCCUGUCCACCUCUUCCUCCUGCAUGCAGAGAUCCUAUCCCAUGACCUACACCCAGGCAUCAGGCUACAGCCAAGGAUACGCUGGCUCGACCUCCUAUUUUGGAGGGAUGGACUGUGGAUCUUACUUGACCCCUAUGCACCACCAGCUUCCUGGACCAGGGGCCACCCUGAGUCCCAUGGGUGCCAACGCAGUCACCAGCCACCUCAACCAAUCUCCAGCCUCCCUUUCCACCCAGGGCUAUGGAGCCUCCAGUUUGGGCUUUAACUCCACCACCGAUUGCUUGGAUUAUAAAGACCAAACCGCCUCCUGGAAGUUAAACUUCAAUGCUGACUGCUUGGAUUAUAAGGACCAGACAUCCUCAUGGAAGUUCCAGGUUUUGUGAAGAACCUUUGUGGUAAAAACGAGAGAAAUCGCGACGAGAACGAACAGGCUGGGCUGAACGUUCCAGUUUUAGUCAGGUCUUGGUUAAAUUAAAGAGAAAAAUAAACUCAACGGACAAAGAAACGAACAAAACAAAAGAAUAAUAAUAAAAUAUUAAAAAUCAAAACACGACAAGAGGGGGGACAGUGUUGGUGUGAUCCCGUUCAGACUCAUCUCCUGCUCAGACACUCUGGAAAAGGAAUAAUCAAGUGGAAAAAAAAGGAAGAGGAAGGCCUUAAACGGACAGAUCAUCUAGUGAGCAGAAAACAAGACAGACCCAUCCGUGUUCUUUCUAGUUUUAGGCAAUUGUUGGGUUUCUUUGUUUGGAAGAGGUGGGAGAUUCAUCCCACCCAACGGGCCAGUUUU